AUUUCUAAAUCCAAACAAUAUAUAUGCAAUAGAAAGAGCAAAAAAAAAUAGUAGAAGUGAGAGAAAAAAAAUAAAAAUGAAACAAGGUGACAUGUUUACUCAAAUAGGAUCCAUAAUUGCAUCUUUAAUGUUUAUUUGGGCUAUUUUUCAACAAUAUUUUCCAUAUCAAAUUAGGAACCAAAUUGAGAAAUAUCCUCAAAGAUUAGUUACUUUUAUCUACCCUUAUAUCCAAAUCACAUUUCAUGAAUUCACUGGUGAAAGACUCAUGAGAAGUGAAGCUUAUUCAUCCAUAGAAAAUUUUCUUAGCUCCAAAGCUUCUACACAAGCAAAGAAACUCAAAGGUGACAUAGGUAAGAAUAAUCAAUCACUUGUUCUUAGCAUGGAUGAUCGUGAAGAAAUAUGUGAUGAAUUCAAUGGUGUAAAACUUUGGUGGGCUAGUGGCAAAAAUGUAACAAAAUCUCAAACAUUUCCAAUCCAUGCCAACAUGGAUGAAAAAAGGUACUACAAACUCACUUUUCAUAAACACAAUAGAGAUUUAGUUUUAGGUACAUAUCUUAAUUAUGUAUUAAAAGAAGGUAAGGAAAUUAAAAUAAAAAAUAGGCAAAGGAAACUUUAUACUAAUAGUGGGUCUUAUUGGAGCCAUGUUGUAUUUGAACAUCCAUCAACAUUUGAAACAUUAGGUAUGGAUUUAGAGAAGAAAAAAAUGAUUAUUGAUGAUCUUAUUACAUUUAGUAAAAGUGGGGAAUUUUAUUCAAGAAUUGGAAGAGCUUGGAAAAGAGGUUAUUUACUAUAUGGUCCUCCAGGGACUGGAAAAUCAACAAUGAUAGCUUGUAUGGCAAAUUUAUUAGGGUAUGAUAUUUAUGAUCUUGAAUUGACUAAUGUGAAGGAUAAUAAUGAAUUAAGGAAACUUUUAAUUGAGACAUCAAGUAAAUCUAUAAUUGUGAUUGAAGAUAUUGAUUGUUCACUUGAUUUGACUGGUCAAAGGAGGAAUAAAAAAAAUAAGGAAGAGAAAAAAAAUGAAGUGAAUGAUUUUUCAAUGCAAAAAAAAAGUGGAAUUGGAAUUAUGGAAGAAAGAGAUGUGAAAAAUAAUAGUAAUGUAACACUUAGUGGAUUAUUAAAUUUUAUUGAUGGAUUAUGGUCAGCUUGUGGUGGUGAGAGGCUUAUAGUAUUCACAACAAAUUAUGUUGAGAAAUUGGAUCCAGCUUUGGUUAGAAAAGGUAGAAUGGAUAAGCAUAUAGAGUUAACAUAUUGUGGAUUUGAGGCUUUUAAAUUGUUGGCUAAGAAUUAUCUUAAUGUUGAGUCACAUUAUUUGUUUGGUGAAAUAUGUGAGUUGUUGAAGGAAAUUGAGAUUACUCCAGCUGAUGUUGCUGAGCAUUUGAUGCCAAAGAAUGAUUUUGGUGAUGUUGAGGUUUAUUUGAAAAGUUUGAUUCGAGCACUUGAAUUGGCUAAAGAAGAAGCUAGGGUGAAAUUAGAGGAAGAUGCAAAGAAUUGUUGAAGCAUCCUUCAAGCAAGAUUUUCAAUGGAAUGAAUCAUUCAUUAGCCAAAGAAACUAAAAAGAUAGAGAUUAGUAUCAUGCAAGCAAUGAGACAGACACAAAUACAAAUACUAGUACAUUUACAUUAGUAAUAAUUUAAUAAAAUAGAAGUGAUUAAAUAUAAUUAAUGUGUCGUUGUCUUAUUGCUAUCAAAUACUGACACAUUUUGAGUUAGAUAUGUUAAUACUAUAUAGAUUUAUACAUUAGCUUAAUGUCAAAUAUAAUUUAUAAAAAUGGGUCGCCUAACGUAUGUAAUCUCAUAGUUGUUGAUUUAAAUCGUCUCACCUUACAUUUCAACUUUGUGUUUUGGAUUGUUUUACAAAAUCAAAAUACAAGUCUUUUGACCAUUACGGA